AUGGACAUUACAGGCAAAGGUUUCGUAAUUUUUUUUAAAUCGAAUUAGAUAGGUUAUCUUCCUGGGCCGGUCUAAAAAGAAAAUAGCUUGGUAUUACAAAAGACCCAACAAAGUUUGCGUUAACUUCUUCUGGACAGACCAAUAAAUCCAAUAAAGGCCCAAUUUAUCUGACUACAUAUAUUUCUGUCCGAAAGAUACGGCAGGCCCAAUCCUUUUUUCGCGUACCCAAUCAGCAGAAUCUAAUCACAGGAUUACCGAGCAGAGAUGAUGAAGAAACGUGGCAGCGUACCAAAUCCGCUGUUCCAGUGCGCCGAGCUCAUCUUCCCAUGGCUACACCCCACCGAACUAGCGUCCAUCUCAUCGACCUGCAAAACCCUAAGCCGCAUCUCCAAAUCCAUCACCGCCGGAAGAUCCUCCGACUCUUCCAGAGCCUUGGAGAACCUUCCGAUCCCUUUUGUCAACACCGUCGACGACCAGCCGUAUGAGUACUUCGUUUACACGCCGACUCAAACCCUAGGGCUCGACCAACCUCGUUUCCGUCAACAUUGGGGCUCAGUUCGACCCGUUUGCUCUUCGGAUCUACCCGGAACGUUUCCCACCUGCGCCUCUGCAACGGUUGAGGAUGCUUGUGGGUGCGAUUGUCAGAGGUGUGACGGGGAUUUGGGGUGUCCUUGCUCGUUUCUGAACUCGGUCGAGUUGACUCGCGAGUGUGGACCGAGUUGUAAUUGCGAAUUGGAGUGUGGGAAUCGGUUGACUCAGGGAGGGGUCUCACUUCGACUGAAAAUCGUGAAAGAUAGGAGGAAAGGUUGGGGUUUGCAUGCCGAUCAGUUGAUUCGGUACGGUCAAUUUGUUUGCGAGUAUGCAGGUGAACUUUUGACUACUGAAGAAACAAGAAGGCGGCAACGAAUAUAUGAUGAACUUAAAUCGGGUGGGAGGUUUUGUUCUGCUCUUUUGGUUGUGAGGGAGCAUCUUCCAUCUGGAAAAGCAUGUUUGAGGAUGAACAUUGAUGCCACUCGAAUAGGAAAUGUUGCACGAUACAUAAACCAUUCUUGUGAUGGUGGCAACCUAUCAACAAUAUUAGUGAGAAGCUCAGGUGCUCUGCUACCUCGCCUUUGUUUUUUUGCUUCUAGAGAUAUACAACAUGAUGAAGAGCUCACUUUUAGCUAUGGGGACGCAAGGCUUAGUUCAAAAGGGUCGCAGUGUUUCUGUGGCACUUCUGGCUGUUUUGGAAUAUUGCCCUCAGAACAUACAUAACAGCUGGAAGGUAAUGAAACAUAUAUAUUAUUGGUCUACCUAUGUUGUCUUGAUUUCCAAACCACAAGUCAAAGGUUUCAAGACUGGUAGAAGGAAAAAAAACAUAUAUAUUCAGUAAGGGUGUUACCGUAUUAGGUUCUAAUUGUCCAAACAAGUCAGAGUCUCUUUGUUGCGUUUUGGGUAGCAUUUGAACUACUUCUGUAUUCCUAAUGUGUUACAUUGUAUAGAAUUUAUUUUUUGUUGAUAAA